AAAAUGUGUAAAUAAAUGAUGUGAAUAGGCAGAACUAUUUAAAGUUGUACUGUGGUGACUUAAUAGUAAAAGUUGUGGUUAUCUUUUCAGAAACACCAAUAUCUGGAGGGAAAAAGAAUGUUAAGAAAAAACAAAAUAUUAAUUUUUAAAUACUUUCUUAAUCUCAUUAAUGGAGCUUUCUUGGUUCUUGGACUUUUAUUAUUGGGAUUUGGUGCAUGGCUUUUAUUAGAUAGAAAUAUUUUUUUCACAGCUUUGGAUAAAAAUAAUCAUCUGAUAGUAUAUAUUUUUCAAAUUUUGACUGGAACUGGAUCUGCUAUUGUUCUUCUUUGUCUCUUGGGUUAUUUGGGAAUUCACAAUGAAAUCAGAUGGCUCCUAAUCCUGUAUGCAGCACUGUUAAUGUGGGCCUUUGGUGUUCAAGUUGUACUUUCAGGAUUCAUCUUCACAAAGAAAAAAGAGAUUCACCAAGUAUGGCAUGAUAAAGUUGACUUAAUCAUUGCUGAGUAUGGAUCUAAAGAUAUGCCUGAAGAUAUACCCAAGUGGACUUUUCUGAAUGCUUUACAGAAAACAUUGCAGUGUUGUGGCCAGUACAAUUACACAGACUGGAUAAAGAAUAAAAAUAAAGAAAAUUCAGAACAGGUGCCAUGUUCUUGCACAAAUUCUACAUUAAGAAAGUGGUUUUGUGAUGAGCCACUGAAUGCAACUUACCUAGAGGGUUGUGAAAAUAAAAUCAACACGUGGUAUAACGCUAAUGCUUUAACAUUAACUGGAAUUAACUUCGGACUUUUGGCUUCAGAGGUUUUGCAAAUCACAUUAACUGUUUCUUUCUUCAGACACAUCAAGAAUAAAGUAUAUGCAAAAAUGUGAUCUCUGGACUUUAAUUUACCCAGAAGAAACCAGCUAAUUCUCAAAAUAACCACAUUGUGUUCUUUUACUCCAAAAAUUAAAAAAAAAAAUUGAAUUACAUUAAUUAAGUUUAGAACUUGUUCAAGUCAUUGGUUAUAUGUAACAUAGAAUUAUGGAAUAUUAUAAGAAAUCACUCCAUGAAAUUCUCAUUUUGUUUUUCAAAAUAUCAAAUUCUGCAGUUCAGAACUUUACCUUGAGUUAUUUUCUGAAUUCAAGGAUGUCAUUAUAUACACUGAAUUCAAAAUGUGAAGUAUCACUAUAUGUUUUGAGUUUCCUAUAUAGAAAAGAUACAUAUAUGAUGCUUAGAAAAUACUAAUUAAGUAAACAAUUAUAAUAUCUACCUUGCAUUUGCAAUUUUAAGAAAACGAUACUGAUUUGUGGGAGAUUUAAAAAAAAGAUUGAAAGUCUUCAUGUCACUGACCUCUGUACUUAAUUAACCAUUUAUUUCUGUCUUCUGAUUAAUGCUUGCAAGUGGAUAAUAAAAUUUUAGAGAUUUGGGUAUACUUUAGUGGCAGUAAUAAAAUAUUAAAAUCACAAUUUUUAACUGUAGCAUAAAUGUCCUAAAUGAUCACUGAAUUCCCAAUACUCAACUUGCUACUCAUUUUCUUCUUUUUCCUUAAAUUUUGUUCAGGCUUACAUGCACAAUUCUCUGAAGGAUAU